CACAAAAAAAUAAACAGAUAAAUCUUCUUCAAUAAGCAAUCACCAUCUAUCCUAUAAAUCAAGCCGUCCUAGCCCUAGUAUGUCCAUUCCAUUCCGUCCCAGUCCAGAUGUAUAAUGCAGGUGCAUGUACCCCUUCCCCCAAAUGCAACUAACCAACCAAUCAAUCAAUCAAUCAACCAACCGAUACACCCAAUGCUUUGAGUUGUGUUUGCGGUUGCCCUUCCGAAGGCAAGAGAAUAGUAACCCGUGUACGCAAAACAUAGGUAAAGCACGCCAAACGCGAGAAACAAAUGCAGACAAUAGCCUCAAAACACGAUCAGAAAAGAAGGAAAGAAACAAACGAUAUCAAGACAGGGGGAAAAAGUGUAAGAUCGGGACGUAUACAGAUCACAGACGAAAAGAUGAGCAAACAUGAUACAAAGAAGGGGGUUAAAAACUUUAGGAAGAUCGGACGAGGAUGGAUUAAAAAAAUAAUUGUCAGAGGGAAAAGAAAAAAAAAUAAUAAUUGACUCCUUCUAUAACCCACUCACUGCGGUAGGGGGUAUCUCGUUAAAUAAAUAAAAAGAAAAAUA